AUGCAGAUACUUUUAGACAACAACUUAUUCUUAAAACCUUCCAAAUGCGUGUUUGAAGUCGACACGGUCAAAUACCUUGGUUUCAUCAUCUCCGCGGAUAGCAUAGCCAUAGGCCCAGUCAAGGUUGAGGGAAUUUCAAAAUGGCCAACUCCGACAAACCUGAAAGAAACAGAAGAACGUAAUGCAGUAUUUGAAACCCUCAAGCUCUGCUUCACAUUAACACCAGUGUUAAUUUAUCCUAAUGGAAACCGACUAUUCCGACCCGAAACCAAUGCUUCCGACUUUGUAUCUGGCACUAUUUUGUUGCAAGAAGUCCCAGGUGAUGGCUGGCACCCAGUAGUCUACUUAUUAAAAUAUUUCAAUACAGCCAAACAAAACUACAACAUUUUUGAUAAAGAAUUACUAGUUGUCAUCUAUACUCUUGACCACUGGUGUAUCUACCUUGAAGCACAUUGGGCACUCUUCCUAUCGUGCUUCUAUUUCACAUUAGUACAUAAACCCAGUACCUCCCAUUAA